UUCAAGUCCGAGUCCGAGAGAGAGAGAGAGAGAGAGAGAGUGUGUGGUAAAAAGCGAGAAGCAUCUGAGUGAGCGUGUCUGAGUACAGAGAAGAAGAGGGUGAGCUAUCUGUGAUCUUCAUUUUGGUUGUACUUGAACUUAAGGAUUUGUGGACACUGGUCACCCUUUAACAUAAGCGGAAUAUAUUUAUUCACCCAUACUGGAAGUAAAUUAAAAUCUGGGGCUAUCACUGUGUUGGAGUAAAUGUCGUUCCGAAGUAUAGUUCGUGAUGUAAGGGAUGGACUAGGAAGCUUAUCAAGGCGGAGUUUUGAGGUGAGGCUGCCCGGUCAUCACAGGGGGAAAUCACAUAGCUCAGUCCAUGAGUUGCAUGAUCAGUCUUUAGUAAUCCAGAGCAGCCGUUGGGCUAGUCUCCCACCUGAGCUUUUGCGUGAUGUGAUCAAAAGAUUGGAGGCAAGUGAGAGUGCGUGGCCCGCUCGGAAGCAUGUUGUUGCAUGUGCUGCUGUCUGCAGGACAUGGAGGGAAAUGUGCAAAGAAAUUGUCAAAGGUCCUGAAUUCUCUGGGAAGAUCACCUUCCCUGUCUCCCUGAAGCAGCCGGGGCCUCGGGAUGGAUCCAUUCAAUGCUUCAUUAAGAGGGACAAAUCAAAUUUAACUUACCAUCUUUACCUUUGUCUUAGCCCUGCUUUGCUCGUUGAGAAUGGGAAAUUUCUUCUCUCUGCAAAACGGACCCGACGAACAACUUGCACAGAGUAUGUGAUAUCCAUGGAUGCAGACAACAUUUCAAGAUCAAACAGCACUUACAUUGGAAAACUGAGGUCAAAUUUUCUGGGCACAAAAUUCAUAAUUUAUGAUACACAGCCUCCCUACAAUAAUGGGCAGCUGUCCCCUCCUGGCCGAAGCCGUAGGUUUUACUCAAAAAAGGUUUCUCCCAAGGUCCCGACUGGCAGCUACAACAUUGCCCAGGUCAUAUAUGAGCUCAAUGUGCUAGGCACUAGGGGCCCACGCAGGAUGCAGUGCACAAUGCACUCAAUCCCUGCCGCAGCGCUUGAGCCAGGUGGCACUGUUCCCGGCCAACCUGAGCUCCUCCCUCGUGCCCUUGAGGACUCAUUCCGAAGUAUUUCCUUUUCAAAAUCAAUUGAUAACUCAACCGAGUUUAGCAGCUCCAGGUUCUCUGAUAUUAUUGGGUCCCGUGAUGAAGAAGAAGGAAAAGAGAGACCCUUGGUUCUCCGAAACAAGGCACCAAGAUGGCACGAGCAGUUGCAGUGUUGGUGCCUCAACUUCCGUGGGAGGGUGACUGUUGCCUCUGUGAAGAACUUUCAGCUAAUUGCUGCAACACAGCCUGCUGCUGGUGCACCAACACCAUCACAGCCAGCCCCAUCUGAUCAUGACAAGAUAAUUCUGCAGUUUGGUAAGGUUGGCAAGGAUAUGUUCACCAUGGAUUACCGAUAUCCUCUGUCUGCAUUUCAGGCUUUUGCCAUUUGCUUGAGCAGCUUUGACACUAAGUUGGCAUGUGAAUAGAAGACGAGUAAUUAUGGUGAGAAAUAGAAAUUCUAGUUAAUAAUCUUUUUUUUUUUUCUUCUUUCUUCUCUUUUCUAGGGUUUCAUAGGAUGGAGUGGUUGUAUGCAUUCAUUUGUAAAACUCAAUGCCCUCCAACAAGAACAAUACUAGUUCACAUCGGACCCUUCUUUUCCUUUUCGUUUGUUUUAUCCUUUUCAGUUUGCUUUGUAUGGUUCCAUUUUCUGUC